UAGGAAUUUAGGGAGCUCCUGCAAUAUCGAGAUAACUCGGACAAAACCUUUGAAGCAAAUGAAAUGUUGCUUGAGAAACUGCGGCAGCGAAUACAAGAUAGAGAUGCUGCACUAGAGCGGGCUAUAGAUGAAAAGUUCUCCACUCUGGAAGAAAAAGAAAAAGAGCUGCGGCAACUGCGUCUUGCCGUGAGAGAGCGAGAUCUUGACUUAGAGAGGCUGCGCGGUAUCCUCUCCUCUAAUGAAGCUACCAUGCAGAGCAUGGAGAGCCUCCUGAGGGCCAAAGGCCUGGAAGUGGAGCAGUUAUCUGCUACCUGUCAAAACCUCCAAUGGCUGAAAGAAGAAAUGGAAACCAAAUUUAGCCAUUGGCAGAAAGAACAAGAAAGUAUCAUUCAGCAGUUACAGACAUCUCUGCAUGACAGGAACAAAGAAGUGGAG